GCUUCUUAUUGGUAGGUGGGAUUGUUACAUCACGAUGAUUAUGACGCGCCGUCUUCCUGUUUCCUUCAGCCGAGUCUUAAAGUGAAUCUUGUUGGUGGGAGAGCGCAGCAACUCAGCUGAGCCCCGCUCGCCUCUCCUCUCGCCGCCGAGACAGACAAUUACAAGCCUCGGAAGGAGAGCGGCGCACAAGAGCCCUGCUCGGGUCGCGCAUAGCGCUGCUGAGAAAUUACAAUAUUCAUCAUCAGCGGCAGCGGCAGGCGGGCGGGCAGCCCCUCGCGCUCCUCUCUCUCUCUCUUCUCCAUUUCAGGGGGAAAGAAGAAGCGGCGCACUUUUCUCUCAUCCGCCGAGUUCCCAGGAUUCUCGCUUGAGCUGUGCCCAGCUGACAGGCUUUUGAAGAUGGCACAAUAACAGUCCAGUGAUGCCUGACCAUGACAGCACAGCCCUCUUAAGCAGACAAACCAAGAGAAGAAGAGUUGACAUUGGAGUGAAAAGGACUGUAGGGGCAGCAUCUGUGGUGUUCUCUAAAGCCAGAGCCACGGUUUUCAGUGCCAUGAAUCCCCACAGUUCGGAGCAGGACGUCGAGUGCUCGGUGGUGCAGCAUGCAGAUGGCGAGAAGUCCAAUGUGCUGCGCAAACUGCUGAAGAGGGCAAACUCCUACGAAGAUGCCAUGAUCUCCUUCCCGGGCGCCACCAUCAUCUCCCAGCUGCUGAAAAGCAACAUGACCAAAAACGGUGUCAACGAGGCCAGCUUCCAAGGCAGUGGCCUCUCCAGCACGGGCUCCGAAAUCCACCAGGAGGACGCGUGCAGCAACUCUUCUCGAGAGAGCCCCCCGGAGUGUCUCUCCCCCUUCAGCAGGCCCACCAUGAGCCAGUUUGAUAUCGAGCGGCUUAGCGACGAGCACCUGAGAGCCAAGAGGGCGCGAGUGGAGAACAUAAUCCGUGGCAUGAGCCACUCUCCCAGCGUCACGCUGCGCGGUGGUGACAACGACCGAGAGGGGGCCCAGCAGCCCCCCAGCCCCCGGGAGAGCUAUCGGGAGAACAAGCGCAAGCAGAAGCUGCCACAGCAGCAGCAGCAGAGCUUCCAGCAGCUCGUCUCGGCCAGGAAGGAGCAGAAGCACGAGGAGCGCCGGCAACUCAAGCUGCAGCUGGAGGACAUGCAGAAGCAGCUGCGCCAGCUGCAGGAGAAGUUUUACCAAAUCUACGACAGCACCGAUUCCGAAAACGACGAGGAUGGAAAUUUGUCGGAGGACAGUUUGCGCUCGGAGAGCAUGGACCACCAGGCCCUGGACUCCGCUGCCGACAGGUCGGAUAACGAGAUGUCUGAUCUGGACCCCGGGCAUUUCAUCGACCGGGCCCGGGCGCUCAUCAGAGAACACGCAAUGGUAGCAGAAAGUGAGAAGCACAAGAGAGACGGGCAGAGGGGCAAGGAGCAGAGGCCAGCGUCCAUGCACACGGAAGGAAAGCAGCUGGCCGAGACUCUGAAACAGGAACUGAACACCGCCAUGUCGCAGGUGGUGGACACGGUGGUCAAGGUGUUUUCAAAACCGCCACGCCCAGUCCCUCAGGUCUUCCCACCUCUUCAGGUGCCUCCGACCCGCUUUGCGGUCAAUGGGGAGAACCCCACCUUCCACCCCGCCAAUCCGCGGCUGCAGUGCUUCGGUGAUGUCAUCCUUCCCAACCCCCUCGACACCUUUGGCAGCAUACAGGUCCCCAGUUCCAAUGACCAGACAGAAGCGCUGCCCCUGGUGGUUCGGAAGAGUUCCUCCGAGCAGUCUGCCUCUGCCCCGGCCUCCGCCAGCCACCACCACCCUGCCCUGCACCCCUCGCCAUUGUCGGCGACGGUGGGCUUUGGCUCGGCCUCCUUCCGCCACCCCUUUCCCCUUCCUCUCAUGGGAUACCCCUUUCAGAACCCUUUAGGUGCCCCUUCGGUGUCCUAUCCGGGCAAGGACAGGGCCUCUCCAGAAUCCUUGGACUUGUCCAGAGAGACCAGCAGCCUGCGGACCAAGAUGUCAUCAAACCACAUGAGCCAUCGCUCUUGUUCACCAACACACACGGGCAGCACCAACGAGGGCCUGUCGUUGUCCCUAAUAAAGUCCGAGUGUGGGGACCUCCAAGACAUGGCAGAGAUAUCGCCUUAUUCAGGAAGUACAAUUCAGGAAGGACUUUCGCCUAAUCACUUGAAAAAGGCAAAGCUGAUGUUUUUUUACACGAGGUAUCCCAGCUCCAAUAUGCUGAAGAUGUUCUUUUCGGAUGUCAAGUUCAACCGAUGCAUCACCUCACAGCUCAUCAAGUGGUUCAGCAACUUCCGAGAAUUCUACUACAUUCAAAUGGAGAAGUUUGCGAGGCAAGCCAUUAAUGAUGGCAUCACAGGGACUGAUGAACUGAAUGUCACCCGGGACUGCGAGUUGUACCGCGCCCUCAAUAUGCACUACAACAAGGCGAACGACUUUGAGCAGGUUCCGGAGCGAUUCCUGGAAGUGGCUCAGAUCACAUUACGAGAGUUUUUCAAUGCCAUUGUUGCAGGCAAAGAUGUUGAUCCUUCCUGGAAGAAGGCCAUAUACAAGGUCAUCUGCAAGCUGGACAGUGAAGUUCCUGAGAUUUUUAAAUCACCCAACUGUCUGCAAGAGCUUCUGCAUGAGUAAAGAUUUCCAUCGGGUUUUUGUUCUUUUUUUUUGAUGUUUUUGAAAGGAUAAAAAAAAAAAAAAAAAAGUUUUGGCCUUCCCUUCUCCGUGAUCCUUUAAUUCCGCAGGAGGCUUUUGGUUUCCCUCCCUGUUAAAGGCCCUCAAAGCCGUGGGAUAUUUCAGCAGCGUCUCCUCAGUGGACUUCUUCUUCUCCCCAGCGGCUGUGUGGCUAACUGUACUGCACCCCCAUAGGCCCCUCGGCCCCCCGUAUUUCGUCACUCAGAGGCACAGAUCUCAUGAAGACAAAUUUGAAAUGUGCAGAGCUGUGCUGCAUAGGGCAUUAUGUUACAGAUUGUAAGACUCACCCAUAGAGUUGGUUGUUUUGUACAAAGCGCUGUGGACGGAUGUUCUUACCCAACACUCUGGCAAGAGGACUUCAGUGACAAAUCGCUUCAAAGAAUGAGGAGUUCAUCCUCUGGUCCCAAACCUGUAUGGACGGGUUGUCUUGUGUUGAGAUGGCAUUGUGGCACUCGCCAUGUCGACUACCAGCAGAGGGCGCCAUUUUUCGGGUUGUUUCACGAUUUGGCCCAAGUCCUCCAGGGCAGAGAGAACUGCGUACAAAGAACGCCUUGCUAGCCCCUUGAACUAAAUGACAGAAUCGAUUAAUGAAUCGAACAUCAAGCCCCUCCAGUGGGAUUUCACUCGGCUCUUCUUUCAAAGUGAGCCAGCCCGGUGUCCUCGCUGAUUUGAGUUCCCUCAGAUGACUUCUUCCCAUCGCUGCCCAGAGCUCUGUUAGACUUCAGCCAUCACGCGUACCGUUUCUGACUAUCGGAGAACGAGCUCAGUCAGUUUUAUUCACGAGUGUAAUUUUGCUGGAAUCACGGACCGCAGAUUUGUUAGACCCGUAGACUUCCGCCAUCUCCCUUCCCCAGGGAGUGUUUAUCCCGUUCUGCACAUCCACCUCCACUUUGUUCGAUCUGAAGAGACGCAUCCAAUAUCUCCUUUAAUUCUUUAGCCAUCCCAGUGGUUGUCGUCCUGUGGGCUAACGCGUAGUGCCGUUCUCGCGACCGUUGUAGCCGUGCCUCCUGCAUCUUCUUGGCUAUUUGCACAACUUCCAUCCGUUUGCAGACAGGAGACACUUUCGCCGAGUGAGGCCCGGUGACCAUUCGCGUCUCCAUCACACGCUGGGUUUGCUCUUUCUCCUUGGCGGCCAACGGCGGACUUGUAAAUCUUCACCUUCAGGCGUCUGGUGAUCAUUCAUUCACGCACUGGCAUCGGGGAUUGAGUUUGGAAUUUGAUUCUGCGGGAGUCACGGUUUGAAAUGAUUGACCUGAGAUUUGUUAGACCGGUAGACUUCAGCCAUCACAUGGACGCAAUUUUGAAAUGGUCUUUGGUUAUUUGAAAAUGGACCCAGUUGGUCUUUCGUUCAUUUGAUUUUGUUGGAACCCUUCUGUGUAAUAAUCGACUGUAGCAGGCCUGUUGAACCCUCAGGCCGCGGCCCUCCCACAUGCCAAUAACAAACGUUUCCCGUUGUUUGACAGGGCACUCUGAUGGUUUUUUUAUGUUGACUGAAUUUCGUCACAAUCGCUCACCGCCCUAAACUAUUUUCAAAACUACGACUGGCUGUAAAAAAGUAAGCAAAGAAAGUGGGAAAGUUGAGCUUUCUGAGCUUUUUUGAGUUGAAAGUUGAGCCGCUCGUGAAGAAAUAACGGUGGGAUUUGCAUCUUUUUGUAGAUUGGCACAAAAGAACGUUUUUUUUCGAUUUUGACUCCACCGCCAUAAAAUAAAAACAUCAUCUGCGUACAGUUGACUGGAGUUGGAUCAUUGUAUACACUUGUCACCAUCUUGAAGAUGCAGACAAAAUCGGCUUCUAAAAAUGCUGCACCGUUUAUUUUACCCUGAGCCCAUCUGAUUCCCCGUGGCCCGGAGCUCACAACGAGAGUAGGUUUCAUCUAGGAAGUGGCACACGUUAGUCAUGACCUCUGACCUUUCGUAGCGGCGUGACGUGCCAGUCCUCUCUACUAACUCUUAGACGUCGGAGAGUAAAAUGCCAUCCGUGUGACUGCCCUGCUGACCCAAUUGCUGGACUUUCACUUUUUUUGUUUCGGCACAGCGGAUGAGCUGAAAUGCGGGAAAGCAAAAUUUGUCAGCACAAAGCCUUAGAAUCGCACUGAUAAUACAAUGCCUGUGACGCCCUGGCAGUAUCUGCCGACUUUGGACAUUCGAGACAAUGGAGUGAGUGAAGUUCCGCGAUGAAUCCUAAACAGCCAAGCGUUCUUCAUCUCCGCCGCCCUCCGGAGAGGCCUGACCUCACCGCAGCUCUCUUGUCCGCACAAUCCCGGAGGCCGGCUCGAAAAUGUCACUCGAAGCAUCUCGGUUUGAGGGCGGCCAUCCCGUCAGGUUGGCGUUCUUCAAACGGUGGCACCGGCCUUUUUAAUUAUCUGCGAAAUGAAGCCGUAGCACAUUCACAAAUGAAAGCCGAUGGUUCGGAGGGCUUUAUGCAAAGUCAGAGCUCAUCUGCAUAAGUCUCUCCGCACGCAGUCGGCCGCCCAGUUUGUUAUCAAGCCAGCGUUCGGUUUAAUUACAGGAGGGAAGAGGGAAAGGAUGUUAGGCGAGGCCACCGUUUCAUCUCGUCAGACACCUCUGUGUAGAGCGGCCUUUGUUUGAGAGCCAUACUGCCACUGUGCCUCUGUAUCUGGAGGAGAUUAUCGCACAAGUAAACUUCCUCCGCUAUCAGGUUACUCCCACGUGCACAAUUUGCUUAACAAAAAUGACUGGAGUGCCGGCGGCGGCGGUGGGGACGGUGACGGCGGCCGCCUGGCCUUUCAAAAUUCACAGAAAGAGAUGAAGAAAGGUGCAGCAGGCAGCGAAGUGAAGUCGGCCCCCUUCGCUGUCUUCCUUUUCAUUCCAAACGCUUGUUUAUUUAUUUAUUUAUUAAUGAAUGAAUUGCUGUAUUUAUUUCAAUUUUCCCUCUUGUGCAACAAAAAUAAUUAUUAGUGUGCCUUCUGUGGCUCGCAUUUUGAUUUUCUUAUACAUUAGUGAAAUAACGACAACUGCAAUAAUCACUAGACGGCCGUCUCUGUCUUUUUGCUGUUAAAUGAUGGUGUAUAGCUAUGCAUAUAUUGUGUGUGUGUGUGUGUGUGUGUGAGGGGGUGUGCAAAACUAGAAACAGAGGCGUGUGUGUGUGUGUGCAUACAUGUACAUAUAUGUAGAUGGGGGUCUGUGUGUGUGUGUGUGUGUGGGCCUAGAUAGAAACCUGGAUACGUGUGGAUGUGUGCGUAUGUCUAUAUUCACUAUAAAUAUAUAUAUAUAUGUGUGUAUACAGUACAUGUACACAUCUAUGACACACCACACACAAUAUAGAUAUGUGUACAGGCAGGUUAUGCAUCACUGCAAAAAAGUUUUUACACAAGCCGUUAAAUCUUGUUUCCCUUGUCGUACGAUUUACUGACUUAUUAAGAAAUUCGUAUUUAGGGUAAUUUAGGUAAUUUUAAGAAAUCUUGUCAAGUAUAUUUUGUUAUCUCUAUUGGCAGAUUUGGUCGCUAAAUAAAGCAAAACAGCUCCCAUUUCAAGUUUGUUCAUUUGUUUGCAGUAUAUGCAUACGUACAGUACACAGACAGAGGGUGUGCUCAAAUAAAGGGCUGGAUAUGAAGAUUCAUUGAAAUGUGCACAGAGCGUACAGUAUGUGUGUGUACAGGUAGAUGGACACUCUAAAUGUGAAUUUCCCUUUGGGAUUAAUAAAGUAUCUAUCUAUCUAUCUAUCUAUCUAUCUAUCUAUCUAUCUAUCUAUCUAUCUAUCUAUCUAUCUAUCUAUCUAUCUAUCUAAUCCUGCCAACUACGCUAUUUAUCUGUUAUAUAGUACCUUUCAAAUCUAUCUAUCUAUCUAUCUAUCUAUCUAUCUAUCUAUCUAUCUAUCUAUCUAUCUAUCUAUCUAUCUAUCUAUCUAUCUAUCUAUCUAUCUAUCUAAUCCUGCCAACUACGCUAUUUAUCUGUUAUAUAGUACCUUUCAAAUCUAUCUAUCUAUCUAUCUAUCUAUCUAUCUAUCUAUCUAUCUAUCUAUCUAUCUAUCUAUCUAUCUAUCUAUCUAUCUAUCUAUCUAUCUAUCUAUCUAUCUAUCUAUCUAUCUAUCUAAUCCUGCCAACUACGCUAUUUAUCUGUUAUAUAGUACCUUUCAAAUCUAUCUAUCUAUCUUUCUAUCUAUCUAUCUAUCGACAAUCUCUAAGUAUAUUAAAUACAAAUCAGGCAAGCAUACAUAGAGUUUAUCUACCUGCCUGCCAUGUGUGCGUGUGCAUGGGGGGGGGGUGAGGGGGGUGUUUCCCUGUACAUUCAUAUGUAAAAUUUAUGCACAGUAUGAAUAUUCAGUACACGUGUACACACACGCACACACACCCGUACAUUUACACAGGUGUGUACAUUCAUAUAGAAAACACAUAUAUAGUAUGAGUGUACAGUACAUGUGGACACACACCCACAGAUUUCAACCACUGGCAUAUACUGUACAUGUACAUUCCUAGUCACACACACACACCCUGUGGUCUGUAUACACACUCGGCCUACAUAUACAGUAGGCGCAUUCAGACAUAUGCACAUAAAUCAGUGUGUAUGGAUGAGCGUGCAUAUACUUACACAGGGUUGUGUGUCACAUACUGUACAUUACAUGUCAUGCCAUGUUGAGGGUGUGUGUGGGUGUGUACACACAUAUACAGGAUGUGCGUGGAGGGGUGCGUGUGUGUGUACAUAGUCACAUAUGGGGUGUAUGUACUGUAUAUACUGUAUGUACAAGUGCAGACACACACACACACACACUUUAUAUAUAAUAUGUACAGUACACUAUAUAUGCAGAGAGGGUGUGUUUGUUUCUUCAUAAUAAGGUGUGUGUGUGUGUGUGUCUGCUUAUCUCAAUACAACUCGUUGUGUGUGUGUUUGUGUGUGUGUAUAGGCAGAGGGUGUACAUAGGGCUAUAUAGAGGUGUGUGUAAAUAUACACAUUGGGGUCUUUGCUGUGUACUGUAAAUAUAUAAAGAAAUGAAUGGUAAACCUUUUUCUUUGAGAAGUGAAGCACAUUUGUAACCCGUGUUUGAUAAAGCCGAUUAUGUUUCCUUACUCGAGUGCCCCGACUUGCCGUUUUUGGGGGGUCUCGGCUCUUUUUGUAACCGUGGUGCAGAUUUGACGUGUUUUCUUAGCCCAUCCGAGUGUAGCAUAGCCGCAAUAUUUAAAGAAACCAAGUGAUGAGUGGAUGUGAAGUGAUUCAAAGUGAGGCUCCUUGUUGUCGUCCCGCCAUGUUUCGUGAAGAGAUGGGUUUGUUUUCCAACGACUGGGCGCUUUGAUUUUAUUUUAUUUUUAUUCAUGUUAUUAUAUGGAGAGCGGGGGAGUGAGAGAGACGUUAUUUUAUUUUAUUUUGUUGCUCUGUAUUAGACUCUUGGCAUUGAAGCAGUUUCUGCAGUUCAACGGGAGAGCGUGACGCGUGAUGGCGGAUAAUUACGGACUCAAAAGGCAAGCGUACACCCAGAAGGAAGAGAUUUUUUUUUGCUCCUUUCUUUUCAUUUCACAAGUUCUAACAAUGCCGUGUGGCACCGAGGAUCGAGGGCUGUGACUUAAUCCUCUCACACCGUCUAAUGUCUGAAGUGACUCAAAGCUGAAGGGGAGCUUUUAAGAAUCCGCGGCGGGGAAGCAAACACGUUCUGGCGGUAGUCUUUGAAAAUGGAGAGCGGAAGUGGGAUGUGUCUGUGGGGUGCGUGGGAAGGGCGCUAUAUACUCAAAUAAACACAAGUGAACGGGUGAGGACAGCAGUUGGGCCCGGCGGGUUCACAAGAGAAUUGAAUUCAGUUAUGCUGAAUAUGCCCUACACAGCAUGGUGGUUAACGUCGCCGCCGCUGCCACCUCACUGAUCCGCCAUUCAAGGUUCAUGUCCUGUGCCCAGGUGCUCUCCUCCCGCUGCCUUUGUGGGUUUCCUUCAGUAACUCAUGCAGCGUCUUCAAAGACCUGCUGCUUGGCUUCAUUGGCAAGUCCAUGACUCCUGUUUGCUCUGAAAUGGACGGGGUGCCUGCUCUCCAUUUUGUGCCCAAUGCUCAAUCCACCAACUCUCACCCUCCUCAUUAGCUGGGGUUAGGAGCAGAUGUGUGUGUGUGUGUGUGUGAACGUGGACUGGUUCUGCAUCCAUGGUACCCAAGGAAAAGAUGGGCUCACAAAACUGACUGACAGAUGAAUUGAACUGAAAUGGAUUGGCAUCCCAUUUGGCACCAGCUCUUGCCUCGCACCCGCUGAUCUAGAUAGCCUCCUGUUUAAUUGCAAUAUGAGGGUAUGUGGCAGGUAUGGAGGGGCUGGCAAAGAAACUGAAAACGGGGGAAAAAUUGGCGAAGGUUUACUGAGGAGGAACCCGAUGAGGCGUCAACCGCCAAUAUGCGCGUAGGCCAUCUUGCUUGUUUUUUAAUUUUCAAAAUGGGAUCAGUUAAGAUGAACAUUUCUAGUUCUCCUAUAAGAAAAGUCGAUACAAACGCAUCACCCCAGCCACACUGGAGACAACGAUGCCCACGCCUGACCCCUGUAACGUCUAGCCGGUGGUCAGCGGAUCCUCUACACGGCUAACCUCAUUUAAUGAAUUUCACUGAGGCCACUCACACGUAUCCAUCGACCCGAAAAGCUUCCCUUCCACGUGCUGCGUCUGCCGACAAGAUGGCGCUCCAUUUGUAAGCGAGACGUUUCAUCGCCGCCCGACUCGUCGUAACCCCAACCCUCGCGAUUUUCAAACACGAGCGAACGUCGAGCUUCAGUCGGCCGAUGGUCUGAGGUGGACGGGUGCAGGCCCCCCUUCGGCCAGAAGAUUAGGGACACCGCCGUUCUUGUGUUGCCAUAGUGGACUGAAGGCCUGCAGGUUUGGACGGAGUGACGUGUUCCACUGGCCCGGAUUUUUAUGUAAAUAACCUGAGAAAAUAAGACACUGCCUUUAUAUAAUUUAGCAAUAUUUUGUAAAUAGCAUUACUACGCUCUUUUGUAAUAAAAAUGAGAAAAGAAUGACUUUUAUUUGAUUAUAGUGCAGUAAUUGCAACUGGUGGUCAAUUUCACAGUUUUUUAUAUUCUAAUAUAUACACAUAUAUAGAUAUAUAUAUAUAUAUAUGUAUAUACACACAUGCGCAUAUAUAUAUAUCUAUAUAUCUAUAUAUAUAUAUAUAUAUAUAUACACAGUAUAUACAUAUACACACACACAUAUAUAUAUAUAUGUGUGUAAAGCUGGUAGCAACUUUGAUUGUGGAUUUUUGUUGUUGUUAUUUGUUCUGAGGACUUUGCAUAAUUUAUUGGUUUAAUUUAUGCUAAUUUAUUUGAUGAAGGUGUACAAUUUUGUAUAACCAAGGAUGUACUGUAAUAUGAAUUCAUGGAAGAAAAAAACAAAAAAAAAAAAAAAAACAAAUAAAAGUCCUUGUCCAUCACUCAAAUCUUUUGGGGAAAAUGUACAAAGAGGUGCAAGUAGCCAGCAAGUUAAAUUCAAACCUUUCAAGUCUAACUUGGCAGCUACGAAACUGAAAAUACUGCAAAUCUACAAUAAUAAUGUUUUUGUUUUUGGGGGUUAAAAAAACAAAGAAAAAAGGAUCUCUUUUCUUUUGUGUGUUUUAUUGCUUUUUUGUAUUCUCUCCAGACCUUUACCUUUGCUUUGUACCACCUACAAGAUACAGUAGUUCAAUUGCCUUGUGUGCCUUCCAUCUUCUCUGAACUGAAUGUAUGUGCAGUAUAUAUGCAAGCUUGUGCAAAAUAAAUUCAAAUUGCAAA